UUCCACCGUCAGAUGUUGACAGUUCAGCCGCAGCCGCGAGCACGAUUUUGCGAAAUAAAAACAAAACAAAAAUGUUGUCCAGAACCUUUAUAAAUAUUUCUCGCAAGAAUCCUUCAAUAUUUCGCAUUUCAGACAAACAUGUCUUGCUUCAAAAUGUGCCGAGCGCAACUACGGAUUGUUCUCGGAUGUCUUCGUUCCGAUCAUCGGAGCCAGUGGGAGAUAUCAACCAGUUUCCUCAGGUAGAAGUCGUGAGAAACGCUCCAGAAUGGAAGUAUGUGGAGCGUAUUAUAGCUCCUCGCGUUGUUCCAAUUCCUGCUGCCAAACAGGAAUACCCUUCAGGCUGGAAGCCUCCCAGUCCUAAGGCGGAUCUGAAAUAUUUUGUUGCCCGAACCAAAAACUACAUGCUUCCCGUCUAUUUGAGGCGAACCUUCCGUGGUCAGCGAAUUGUGACUGCUGUGAGACGCAUUGAUGGUGAUAUUUGGCAACUGGAAGCCGAGUUAAGAUAUUUGAUAGAGAAAAAGUUAGAUAAGCCUAUAGUAACGAGGGUUAACGAAAUGAACGGACAAAUUGAACUAAAAGGCGAUUUCGUUACAAUCGUUGAGCAAUUUCUUCUAGAUAAAGGCCUUUGAUUUUAUAAUUAUAGUAAGUAAUUUAGUGAACAUUUAAAUACAAAUUGAUAAAAGUGUUACUGCUUACUAUAUUUACUUUUGAAAACGGUAAAUCAGCCGAUAGUCGCUUUUUUUGUUUACAUUGAUAUUCGCACGAAAAGAUAGUUUCAAAUACAUUGGUAAAUGUGUUUCCAAUUUUCGCAUUUAUUUGAAUAAAAACGUAUUUUCGAUACUUUCGAAACGUG